AUGAAUGAUAGCUUGACCAAAAAGGUGGAGGAAAAAGAGAUUAGGGAUGCUGUUUUUUCCAUGAACCCAAAUAAAUCCCCAGUGAUCACCCUUAUUCCUAAAACAGACAAUCCAACAAGUUUGAAGCAUUAUAGGGACAUUAGUCUUUGUAAAGUCAUCUACAAAAUCAUUUCCAAAAUCUUGGCUAAUAGGAUUGAAAGGGUCUUAAAUGUCUGUAUUAGCAUGAACCAGGCUGCCUUUGUACCAGGUAGACAAAUUCUUGAAAAUGUCAUUAUCUCUCAUGAGUUUCUGCAUCACUUAAAAAAUAAAAGGCAAGGAAAGAAUGAGUAUUUUGCUCUGAAACUUGACAUGUCUAAGGCAUAUGAUAGGGUGGAGUGGAAGUUUUUGCAGGAAAUCAUUGGGCAGCUAAAAGGUUUUGUAACUCCUGAAAGAGGGAUUAGGCAAGGGGAUCCUCUUAUCUAUUUCUACUCUGCUCAGAAGGAUUCACCAAUUUACUGCGGAAGCAAAGCAGACCCUAAGGAAGCAGCUGAAUUGAAAGAGAUCCUCAGGAAAUAUGAGUGGGGUUCGGGACAAAUGAUAAAUCUAGAAAAUCCUCAGUGUUUUUUAGCAAAAAUGUGUCACAGGCAGUUCAGAAGAAGAGAUAACUGUGGGAGGAGGAUGAAACAAUGGCAAAAUAAGCUGCUCAGUGAUGCUGGAAAGGAAGUACUACUCAAAGCUAUGACAAUGGCUCUUCCAGCAUAUGCUAUGUCUUGUUUCAAACUACCAGUCAGAUUGUGCAAGGAGCUGAGCUCAAUGAUGUCAAAUUUUUGGUGGGGAGAGAAGAAUGGGAAGAAGAAAAUACAUUGGUGCUCAUGGCACAAGCUUACACAGGAGAAAGAACUAGGUGGAUUGGGGUUCAGGGACUUGCAAAAUUUUAAUAGAGCCAUGCUUGGGAAACAAGUGUGGAAAUUAGUGACAGAUCAUGACUCACUGGUGGCGAAAGUCUUGAAAGCCAAGUACUAUCCCAGACAGUCCAUUUUCAGAUGCAAGGUACCACACAAUGCUUCAUGGAUCUGGCAGAGCCUAGUAGGGGUGAGGGAAAUGGUGGAAAAGGGAACUAUUAAGAAAAUUGGAAAUGGCAAAAAUACAAGAGUGUGGGAGGACAGAUGGAUACCUGAGAAUCCACAAGGGAAAUUGAUAAUAGUGAAACCUCAGAAAUGCGUAGUCCAAAAAGUAGGAGACCUGAUUCACAAUUUCAAAAGGAAAAGGCCGCUUAUCUUUAAACUGUUCCAGGAAGAGGAAGCAAAGAAGAUGCUAAGGAUUCCAAUCAGCCUGGCAAAUAGAGAUGAUUGUUUCUUUUGGCCAUAUAGUGGAAAUGGACAGUACACUGUUGCUUUUGCAUAUAAAGAGAUCAGUAGACAAAGAAGCUUACAACAACAACAAAGAGAGGUAAUAGGAGAAGGGCCAAGCUGGGGGAAGGAAAAGCUGUGGAAGCAUUUGUGGAAGUUGAAGCUGUUUAUAUGGAAAUGUAUGAACUCGGCUUUACCUGUCAAUGAAAAAAUCUAUACCAGAACCAGAAUGGGAGACCUGAUUUGCAAGAGAUGUGGGGAAGACAUAGAAACAGUGGAACACCUAUUCUUCCAUUGUAGGUUAACUAAGGAAGUGUGGCGACUGUCACCACUUCAAUGGGAUGGAUUGGAGGAAUAUACGGGAAACUUCAGUAGAUGGUGGAGCAUUUUGAUUGAAGCAAGGUACAGAUAUCCAUUGAAGACCAUAGAGAAAGCUCACAAGGAAUGGAUGGAAUACAAUAAAACUAAAGAGAAGGAAAGAGAGAUGAGCAUACCAGAAACAAUAAGAGCAGAGAUGAACCAGCAAGAGGAAGGGGGUGGACAUGAUAGAAUAUAUAUCAAUUUAGCGAUUAAACAACAAGUGGGAACCAAGAAGCUGGGACUUGGCAUCGUGGCAGAACCAGUGUUUUGA